AACGUUUACUGGACAACAAGCCGGGAAAACAGCGAUCACAUCGGCCAUAAACCGAUGAGUGAUCGCACGGUACGUGGUGGCCGUGCGUCCCGCUCCACUGCUGAAGGAUCACCCUGGAGUCAGUGACCACAGCCUUGGAUAUUACAUCCCCCUCUGUCCUAACACACUCAUUGUUCCACUGCUGCUACUGGACAUUGUGGCAAUGAAGGAGCAAGACACAAUGUCUCCACCGUUGCCAGAUGCUGCCGGACUUCCCAAGAUUACGAAGUUGUAAGUAGGUUACAGAUCCAUCCUCUUGCUCGUAAUCCAUGAAAUGGACUUCCAGUGAGGUGAGAGACAGGAAACAGUGUGGGAAUGGUGGCGCCUCUUUACAAGCUGCACUGCCUCUUGAAGCGGGCUCACAUGCUGCUUCUCUGCCUGGGCAUCGCCUAUCUGAUGGCAGGCAGCAUCCUUCUCCUGCAGCGCUCCAGUAUCCGAGUCACCCAGCCAAACCUCGCCAGCCUGCCGCCCAUGCUGUCCCUCGCAGCGCCUCCUGCCGCCCUCAGGACUGCAGGCCUGGGCGUGAGGGCACGCUCCAGAUGGGCCGCCAUUCAGUCUGUGUCCGGAGGGGGAGCCAAGGCAGGGCGACACUGGCCCACUUCCCGGAGCCUUGGGGUCCAGCACUUGCAUCGCCGCUGGUUUCACAGUUUGCUGCCAGAGAGCCCGGAGCAGAGAGUCUCUCUCCACAGGAGCAGCAGACACAAAGGAACCUACAUCGGCUGCUUUCUACACAAUGCCAGUGAUCGAGCCCUGGGAGGAACCAUGCUUUAUGACCUGCGCAAAAUGACCAGUUCUCUGUGUCAGGACACCUGCUCGGAAAGUGGGUACCAGUUUGCAGGUCUGGAGUAUGGAGCUGAAUGCCACUGCGGGAACCGGAUCAGUAGCCCACAGGCUCCCGAGGAGGACUGUAGUCUGGUCUGUCGGGGCGAGAGAGGGUCUCCGUGUGGCGGCGUUGGCCGACUCUCCAUUUACAAGGUGGAGGAGCAGCUGCCGGGGCACAGGAAAUUCAGAAACGUUCACUACCGCGGCUGCUUCAGGUUGCCGAAGAGCACAAUCAGCACCUUCCCCGUCUACUCCUUUCAGCCCAACCUAACAACACAGUCCUGCAUUGAGACCUGCACUGAUAAGGAGCUGCCACUGGCUGUGUUCAAGACACUGCACUGUUUCUGUACGUGGACAUCGUCUCUUUUCAGUCUCAACCAGCAGUCUGACCAGCAGCAGUGUGCAGGCAACCCGGCUCUGAACCACACCAGCAAUUCCACAACGACAGCACCCACUGACCAUGACCACUACCAGGUGUAUCACACCCCUGUGCUGGACUCCAGGUGCAAAGAGAGGAUGUUUCUGCCUCAGAGAUCCAGCUCCCUGGUGGCUCUGUCUAGUUUUCCUGGUGCAGGCAACACCUGGGUACGGCACCUGAUUGAGCUCGUGACGGGCUACUACACUGGCAGCUUCUAUUUUGAUGGCACGCUAUACAACAGAGGUUUCAAAGGAGAGAAGGACUACUGGAAGAGUGGCCGCAGCAUCUGCGUGAAGACCCAUGAGAGUGGUCAGAAAGAGAUUGAGAUGUUCGACUCUGCCAUCCUGCUGAUUCGAAACCCUUACCGCUCCCUCAUGGCCGAAUUCAACCGCAAGUGCGCCGGACAUUUAGGACACGCCACAGAUACACAGUGGAAAAGUAAAGAAUGGCCAGAAUUUGUCUCCAGCUACGCCCCCUGGUGGGCAUCCCAUGCUCUGAGCUGGCUGAAAUUUGGUCGCCGCCUGCUGGUGGUGCACUACGAGGAGCUGCAGAGAGCUCUCCUCCCUCAGCUCCGUCUCAUCACAGGCUUUCUGAAUGUCAGUAUGACUGAGGAGAGGCUGCUUUGCGCCCAGAGCAACCAGGAUGGGCAUUUCAAGCGCUCAGUGGCCCAGCAGUCCUCCUUUGACCCCUUCACCCCUGACAUGAAAGAGAUGAUUGACUCCUUCAUUCACACUGUCGACCAGGCCCUGCAGAGCAGGAACUUUAGCGGACUUCCACAGGAAUACCUGCCCAGAUGAUGAUCUGAAAAGGUCACAAAUGCCUGGUCGAGCAGGGGUUUGUGAGAGGGAAGUUAUUCACCGAGCGCUCAGUGGGAAACAGACACACACUGGCUGAUGUAAGUGGACCACCUGACUCUUUAAUAAGCCAGACGCUCUAUGAAUGGCUUAGAGUCAUGGAAACACAGUGGAGGUCACUGGAGAAAACAUGACAAUUCUUGUGAAAUCCAAUGGUGAAGCGUGAUGAAAGCCUCAGGGUCGAGGACUGCCUCUCUGAGAGCAGCAGACAUGACGAAUACUCAGAGGAUUUGACAUGAUUUGUUGGCCUGCAGCGUUGGGAUUAUCCAGCAAACUGCACAAAUAUGAGCGUGUAAAUCCAGGAUGGACUAAUUUUGGUUAAAGAGGGUUUUUUCUGUGACUCUUUAUGAUUUCACUUUAGUACUUAUAUUGUGUUUCGAGCAUACACCCAUGUUAAUAAAAAUGUCAUACUAACAGAGAUGAAGCAUUACCGAGAUUAUAGUGUUUCUGUGGGAAUCCACUGGUUGCUACAUGUCGCGAUCGUGAUGGAUAAAAGCCUUAAAGCUGCUUCAUGUGGGUGGACAGAUUCUUCUGACUGUACAUGAACAAAGACACAUGUUGAUUACAGUGAAACUGCUUUAAACUGUAAAUGAA